CAUUUGUUUGCCCAAAUCUCUCUCUGUUCCCGAACCCUAACUUAGCAUAUUCAUCAGAUUGAUCACAAAUCCAUGGCAAAACUGCAGUUUUGUCAUGGUAUCAGAGAUUAAACCAUUGCUCUGCGAAAUUUGUCAUGGAAUCCGAUUCGUCUGAUUCAGAUUCUUCUUCUUCUCCCUUUUCUCCUUCUCUCGAUAAUCCUUCACAUCCCUAUUUCUUACACCAUGGAGAAAAUCCAGGUGUGAUGCUUGUUACCGAUCGUUUAAAUGGUGAUAAUUACCAUUCUUGGUCACAGUCCAUGUCCAAAGCCAUCAGUGUGAAGAAUAAGACCGGAUUCAUCACAGGAAUUCACAAAAAGCCGAAGUCUGACAUAGAUCCACUCUAUUUGCCAUGGAUUCGGUGUAAUGACAUGGUAGUUUCGUGGAUCCUCAAUUCGGUGGCAAAGAACAUUGGAUCCAGCAUUCUCUACAUUGACAAUGCCUCCGAUAUGUGGAAAGACUUACAGGAUCGCUUCUCACAAGGUAAUCGUCCACGAAUUUUUCAACUACGUAAGGCGAUUAGUUUCUUAAAGCAAGAUCAUAAAUCUGUGAGUGAUUAUUAUACUGAAUUGAAAUCAUUUUGGGACGAGCUAGCAAAUUAUAGACGAUUACCACAGUGUUCUGUUGAAACCCUAAGGUUUUUUGAAGAAAUUCAACAAGAGGAGUAUGUAAUGCAAUUUUUGAUGGGGCUAAGUGACUCUUUUAAUAGUAUUCGAAGUCAGAUACUAUUAAUUGAUCCUUUUCCUUCUAUGAAUAAAGUCAUAUCUUUGGUUCUUCAAGAAGAGAAACAGAGAGAGAUUAGUUUGGAGACUUCUGUCCCUAGCCUUGAAUUGGUUGCUGCUUUGACAGCAAGGCCUGCGAAAAUUGGUACAAAUGUUGCUAAGCAAACCAAUUUUCGAAAGGAUAAACCUGUGUGUAGUCAUUGUGGAUACAUAGGUCACACUUCUGAAAAGUGUUAUAGGAUUCAUGGUUUUCCUCCUGGUUUUAAAUCCAAAAAAGGAAAUAAUGCUUCAGCCAAUCAAUCUUCUUCACCUAUGGGUAAAUCAAGUGAUGAUACUCCGAAGUUUUCUUUAUCUCAAGAUCAAUAUCAGCAGCUACUUGCCAUGCUCAAACCACAAUCUAUUUCAUCAUCAGUGAAUCAAGUCAGCUCUGGCAUUUUACCAACUCCACAGCCACCUUCUACUGAUCAUUUUGCAGGACCUGCCUACAUGGAAAACGAUUGGGAUGGCUGAGGAGAAGGCUGGCCUUUAUCACUUAAAGCAAAGUUCUUUGGGGGAAAUAAAGGAAAAAAAAAUCAAAAAAGAAAAAGAAAUUAUAAAAUGAAGAACGGGAAGAGUUGAGAAUGCUUCUUCGGCCCACAGCGUGACCCCUCUGUAGCUCUUCACUCUACCUCCAACGCUGGUAUCUACCAUUUCAAUAUCUCUAGUUUGAUUCAAACUUUUCCAUGUAUUUGUGGUUUGAAUGCAAAAUUAUAUGCAGCUUUGAGUUGGUCCUUUCUAGAUUCUCUCCUCAAUGUGGUAGGUUUGGCAGUCGACCUAUGCUUCUUUGACUUUGUCUGGCUCAAUGCAACUGGACUUAUAUAUAAUUUGCGUCGCACAAUUAUAAAAUAUUAGCUGCACUGCCACGUCUGACGGAUCCGCACUGGUUUCGCAUCAACGGUUGUAUAUAAAAGAAUUGUUUUACAAAUUCCAACAAACUUUGGUCAACUGUACUUUUGUA